CCCGGUCGUCCGAGUCGCGAGGAGAUGGCUGCUAGACGGAUGCUCUUUGAGCUGGCAAAUCGGGCCGCUGCCGAUGUUGCUGCACAGGCGGCGUCAGGGGCUGCGUCCUCUCCUCCUACUGCUGAUGAUGAUGCUGUCCCGUCUGAACCCAAAUUGGACGGUAGAUCUCCGUCACGAUCGCCGGAUGCCGAUGUCGCGGGGUCUCCAGCAGGGUCAGCAGCCUCCCGUUCGACUGCCUCAACCACCGUAAUGUGGGAAUCUGAUGAAGAGGCCGAUGAGAACCAGCCCGCGGCCGAGGCCAGGGAGAGUGAGAGUCAGCAGCCGGAAGAAGCCAAGGUAGAGCCUGAAGGAGAUGAACGUCUUGCUCCUCCGCUGAAGGAGGAUAAGGAGACAGAAACCGGUGUCUCCGCCGUAGCCACUGAUCGCGCACCAACAGACACUCUUCCUUCCCAACCACAGGUCUCCCUGUCUCCCCUGAAGCCGUCUCUGAAGGUGUCGUCUCCGAACUCUAAGCGGACAUCUGAGGAUGGCAUGAUAAGUCCCCGUCGCCGAUCUGGUCGAUCUCUUUCUUCUAAUUCCUCGCCACCGUCGACCGGGGACAAGCUGACGGUAUCACCGUGUUUCUGUAUUUGCUGGGCAGUUGUGUUUGCGAAACCCAGCUUCAUCUCCGUUAAGGCUGCCUGCAGUCACUCAUAA